AUGAAUGAACUACCAACUCAGCCCUCGGGUAUCUUCUGGCAGGACGACUUCAUAACAGCCGAGCAUGAGGAAAAGCUAAUACACAUUUUUCGCAACGAGCUCUCGUGGCCAGAUCGAUCUGGGCGACUGUCUCUCCACUACGGCUACACCUUUGACUACAAAACAUUCGGCGUGGACCCCAACAUUCCUUUCAACCCCUUUCCGGACUGGCUGGAGCCGUUAAUUCCUACACGCGAAGGCAGACCACCGGACCAAGUUUGCCUACAACACUACCCACCCGGCGCCGGUAUCCCGCCCCAUGUCGAUACUCAUUCCGCAUAUGAUCAGUUAUAUGCGCUAUCUCUGGGAUCGCCGGUCAUGAUGCAGUUCGCCUUACCUCCAGACGAAGGCGAGGAAGGAACGAUGGUGGAAGUAGACCUUACGCCGAGGAGCAUGCUGCAGAUGUCGGGAGACUCGAGACUGCAUUGGAAGCACGGAAUCAGGAAGCGGAAGACGGACACAUUACCCGAUGGAACGGUGCGGAAGAGGGGAGAUCGGUGGAGUAUCACGUAUCGGUGGAUCAGGGAGCCGGCCGUGUGCGGCUGCGGGAACGCAAAACUCUGCGAUACAGCGCAGAGGGAACUAGGCAUUGAGAAGGAGUAUCGUUGGAAGAAAGGCGAUGACGUCGCAGCGGGCGAGGAAGAAAAGAUAGAAAUCAAGGCCUUAUGA